UGUGAGCUUUAUUAGCCCCCCGUCUCCACUUUCAUUUUUGGCGGCCGCCGCCGCCUCCGUCGCUUAGACGCCUUUCACCACACGCCACACCAGAACCAUGGCGCGCGUUGCUGGCACGCCUCUUGUCCUCUUUGGGCCUGCGAGCCUCUCGCCUCGCAAGAUCUGGAACGCCUCGGACUUCACGGCCAUUGAUGACCGUGUCCGCGGCGGCUCCAGCAAGUCGUUUGUCAAGGUGGACCCGCCCAGCGGCUCUCUGAUGUUCCAGGGCUUUCUCGAUACGCUCACGCUUGGCGGCGCCGGCUUCGCGUCGCAGUCCUACAUGGACCGCUUUCCUGGAGACGCCAUUGAGCGAGACGAGUACCUUGGGCUGCGCAUCGUGGCUGCAGAAAAAGUCUCUUCUUCAAGCAGCGGCGCUCCAUCGUCCUCGUCUUCGCCAGUCGAGGGCGGAGGCAAGGCACACGUUGAAACCUACACGCUCAACCUCAAGACGACGCCGGCGAAGCAAAGGCCAGACGGGCGCAGGGAGUCGACUAUCGUGUACGAGUUCGACUUUACAAUGCCCUCUUCGCUCGACAAGCUCGCGGCGGGUAGGCGGCUGAGCUUCGACGCGCCGUGGGAUGCAUUCAAGCCCACGUAUCGAGGCAAGCCCGCAGAGGAUGCUCCGCCCCUCCAGACGGAAGACAUCCUCGAAUGGAGCAUCAUGGCUCGGAGCAACUUUGGCUCUCAAUCGGGCGCCUUUUCGCUUGAGCUCGUGGCCCUGGAGGCCCUUCCUUUUGCCUCAUCCUCCGUGCCGCCAACUUCAGCGACGUCCAAGGGCGAGCGCGAGCUGCUCGAGGAGGCACAGAACAGUGGCCCAACCAGCUCGACGCCGAUUGCCAGCGGCUCGGGCGAGUUCUACGGCUUUGCCCUCUUCAUCCUCGCCACCCUCGUCCUCGUCGGCUGGUGCGUCUGGGCCCUAACGCCCGACAGGAUUCUCAAGCGCAUCGGCAUCGAUUACUAUCCGAACCGGUGCGUUGUUAGACAAGGCAGGCUUGAUUGUUAAAAUAAACGAAGAUCGGGACUUGAAGCUGAAGCAGAGCUCAAAUGGCUUUCAAUGCACCAGCGAAUGGGCCUUUCUGCUCCCC